AUGGGCUGGAGAAAGUCCGGUCUCAUCGGAAUUAUAAUAAUUUUGCCAUUUGUACCUUACUCCAUUAGUUUAAGAUACUUCAAUUUUAUGCAAACUCAACAGUCAAAUAAGGAGUUACUGAGGGCUUUAAGCGAUUGUACAGAAUUGAAUGCUGACAGCCUUGGAGUGAUACGCUGUAUUAAUGAGAAGACGAAUAUACCGGAUAACUCUAUUGUAUACUCCUUUCCAGCCUGCUUAGGCCAUUUUAUUCACAAAACAGCCAUGAACUAUUCACUUUGCGACCCCAAAGAAAUUAAUUGCCUGGAGGCGAUCGGUUAUUGCAUCCCUACUUUCCUACGCUGCAUUUUUGGGAUGAAAAAUUACUCAUUCAACUGUACAUCCACUUCCUAA